UCUGCCGAGUAGCUUCACUUCACUUUCUCAUCUUCUGGAAGUAAGACCUCUAUAUAUUUGCUAAAAAAAAAAGCGGAAGUUUUCUGAAACCAGUUUUCUGAAAAUAAUAUAUUUUGUAAUUAUUCGAGUGAGCGGCUAAGCCAUAAAAUAUAAAAUCAGUGCGGUUUAGUUUCGUUCUUCAAUCAACAUUUCUUCAAUCAAGAUUUCUUCAAUCAACAUUUCUUCAAUCAACAUUUCUUCAAUCAAUUCAAUUGCGGUCUAGAUAGUGCCCUGCUGCAUACCUGCUUUGCCCUUCCAUUGCUGCCAGUGACUAGGAGCAGGAUGUCUUCGAUUGCAACCAGGGCUUUGGACUUCGUGUUCGGACAGACCGUUCAUACUGGCGAACCGGAAGGCGAAUUCCAUGGAUUCGUCGGAUUCUUCAACUGGAUCGCCCUGAAGGCCCACAUCGUCCGCGACUUCUUUUCCAUCCAGAAGGAAGCCACAGUGAAUGAGAGAGCAGCUGUAUUCGCAGUCAGUGCACUUUCUACUGCGAUUGCUUUGCUCUUCGUGUUCCUCACACACACACACAUGAACACUGGGAACACGAGAGUCAAGAAAUCACAAACAGACAAACACACACACACCUACACUCGCACCUACACAGAGUCGAAGGACUCCAAGGACGCGCCGAAGGAGGACGCGCCGAAGGAGGACGCCCCGCAGGAGGACGCCCCGAAGGAGGACGCCCCGAAGGAGGACGCCCCGCAGGAGGACGCCCCGAAGGUGGACGCCCCGAAGGAGGACGCCCCGCAGGAGGACGCCCCGCAGGAGGACGCCCCGAAGGAGGACGCCCCGAAGGUGGACCCCCCGAUGGAGGCCGAGGAGCCAGAGGAGGUCGGAUUGAACGAGGAGCGCAAGGCCGCGUCGGAGCACGAGGAUGCGAAUGAGCCCUCGGCGAGCCCUCGCCGACCCCCCACUCCUCCUCCUCGUCCUUUCAAAAGUCGUCAACGGCUGGACAGAGAAGAGAAGGCCAAAGUGCUCGCCGAUCUUUUGCUGCCGGAGAACGAUGACGACGACGAGGAGAUGACCGCCGCGCUGGUGGGCGCUGCCGACAAGGAGACCUCCAGCACUCUGAGCCGGCUCUACCGCCUGGGCCGCUUGAAGAUUGAGGGGAUGCUUCCUCCGCUGAUCCUAGAGUCCGUUUUCCGAGCAAACCAGACCACCCAGACUCGGCCAGUCACAGGGCUGUACAUCGAGCAAGUCCGUCCGGUUGAGGGCCAGCAGUAGGCCAGUUCCAGGUCAGUGUUAGGUAGUUCACUUACUCGGAAGGGACGCAACACACAGGCAUACAGAGAGGUGUAGUUACAUUACUUCGUACUGAUUACGAAGAGAGGUGGUGGGUCUUGGUUGGGUGGUGGAUGGGUGGCUGCUGGGCGGGUUAGUUAAUUUUGUUUCGUUUUGUUAAUUGGUUACAGUUGGUCACUACAGGAGGUUCAGUUCCGACGGGUAGUUGUUGUCAUCAGGUAUUUUCACAGAUUGUCCAGGCUGGAUCAUGAGGAUGCAUCGGGGAUCAUCAGGAUUCGGAGGAUUGCGCGCUUGGAGAAGGCGGCAGGAUUAAAAUGUUUUGGCUCUAAAUUUCUAGUCUCAGUGGGGGGAGCGUUGAAGGUUCUAAUCCACAAUCGGUUGCUCAAAAUUCCUAAAACAUUCUCCUCCAGCUCUAAAGUUGCUGCUGUUUGUUCACGUUUUUUGUUCUGUUAAGUGUUCGAUGUGCUCUCGUGUCCCCCGUCCGGAUCCCCGCUCCCGUUCCGAUGAGUUGGCGUGCCAAGGAGGUUCCUCGCCGGUCCUGGGAGAAACAGAUGCGAGCGGAUGCCUGGCCCGGCCUGGCCGACCUGGAGCUCAUCGCUCAGACGUCAAGGAGCAGAGGAACGACUAGGAGGGAAGCCGCCACUCUCGGUGCUAGCAAGGCUGGCCAGGAACUGGACUGCGGGAAACGGUUCUGAGAGCAUCAUUAAACCGUUUUCUGCCAUGUUAAA